AGGGCUAUGCUUGAUGGCGUAUCUUCCAAUAUUUUCCUUCCGUCAGUGAUGUGCGCCGAGAGUUACCACGGUAACCGUGACGUGUCGGUAAAGCGGUUGAUGAUCGCGAUGAUCAAGCUUCGUAACGUAUCUGUCAGAAUCUCACGUGAUGUUGAGUGCGUAGCGUGCCAUGAUGUUCGCCAGCACCGCCGGCGGAUCCGACAACCGCCAAUUAUCAUGGUUUGGGAAAUAACAGCACUUUGGCGACUUAGCAUCUUAUGGAUUACUGACAUGCUAAGCCGUCAAAGUCGCCGAACUCUGAAUACCGCGAACAAGAUUCAUAUGAUCAUCCAAGACUUCGUAUGGUAAGUACUUGGUGUUGCUUGCAGUUUCAUAAAUUCACAUUAUUUUGAUAUAACACUUAAAUGAAUUGCACAAAUUCAUAUAAACAUGAAUACUUCUGUGAUAGGUAAGUUCCGUUUUACUAAUAAUUUAAGUAGAGCUUGAAAGCUAGAUAUAAUAAUA